CACUGGCUAUUUUAUCCAUCCAUUCACAAACAUUAUCACCAAUCAUGCUGUUGAGUCUGGGCUGAGGAUGGACCCAGUGCUGUCUGUGGUGAUGGUGUGAGUGAGCGGCUGUUCUGCUCUGCUGAAGGACCCGAGCUCUGAGAUGGGAGCAACUCAGUCUCGGACAAACAUGCUGAAACAAGAUCGACCUGUGAACGCUGCUUUUGGAGGUUACCCUGGAGGUGCAAACUCCACCCUGCGUAUUCUCAGCAACAGCCCGAGAUCAUGCGAGAAGGAUGGGAACUUCAACUUCCUAGGUCAAGACGAAAAUGGAUCGACUGGAGACGAGAACCGCAACCAAAUGCGUCCUCGAGCUCUGGGCCUGUCAAACCGCUUUCCACCACCUUCUGCUAACCACUACGUGCCUGGACCACUCUCUCCCCUGUCUCGCCUUCCCUGCUGGAGCCCCCUGGAACCUCUUCCUGAGAUUGACAGCGGAGAAGAUACUGGAGGCAGGGUGCCUCCUGAUGGAGCAGAAGAAGGCAAAAUAGAUGAGGAGAUGAGGAGAAUGAGUGAAGAUGAGAAGGAGCAAGACCCAGAAGAACUUAUGAAAAAUAAAGCACAGGAACAGGUGGAGGAAGAAGAAGAGGGGGUGUUAGACUGGGAUGAGAGUGAUGAAGAAUUUGAGUUCAGUUACAGGUCAGAAAGCUCUUCGCCUCUCACCACUGAGAGCGGAGACGUGACUGGGGGAGACUCCCUCAACUUUGUAUGGGAUCGCAUCUGUGUGGGAGGUUCGAACACAGAAAAUGGUGAUGCAACCACAAACCUGGAGGGAAAACAAAAACACGAAGAGGACAAGAAAGCUGAGAAGCACCAUAAGAGCCUUGGAGGUGCCAGCCUAGCUGAAGAAGCGUCCUCAGAUUCAGAGAGUGAGCCCUGCUCUGAGCUGCCAGAACUCAUGGAGGCGGUGUGGACCCUGGAAGACCGAGAGCGGUUCAAAGCCCAAGAGAUGGAAAAGCACCAUGUGCAGUUGACCAUGUACCGUAGGCUCGCCCUGAUCCGCUGGGUGCGCACUCUGCAGGAACGUGUCCAAGAACAGCAGAAUCGACUCCAGUCCAGUUUUGAUAUCAUCCUUACUCACAGGAAAGAGCUGCUCCGCAUGGGCUCAGCUGCAGCUGCUUUUAGCCAGUAACAGCAACAGAGAGAGAAAAAGAGAAAGAGAACAGGAGAGAAGUGAGUCCUGCGGCAUCCCAAGCAGAAACAAAUGACUAAAAACAGUGGCAGAGAAGACUCUUUUAAACCAAAUCAUAUCCUGCAUCCCUCAACUGUCAGUCCAGUGUUGUUCAUGUCUGUAGUUCAGAUUCUGUUUGUGGCUUUGCUGUCAUACAUUGCACUGAUUUAUCUUCAAGCACAGUGUUUUACAUGCCUGGCCAAACGUUUAUAAAUUAAAACGCUUACCCAAGCCAGUAGGUAAUCCAGUAGGAAGUCUAAGCAUCAUCAAAAUAUAUAUUUUGAAAUAUUUAAUGAAUAUAUAUACACUGUGUAAAACAUAAAUAAAAACAGAAUAUGAAGAUUUGCAAAUCAUGGAAACCCUAUAUUUUAUUAAAAGUAGUACAAAGACAACAUAUCAAAU